AAACAAACCGACUGGCUUACGAUCUCACGACGGCAUUGAUUCGGACGAGGCUCUAGAGAGAGACGGAGAAGCACGACCUUGACGAUAUCGUGGGAUUUCUGGUGCGAAACUCAGAAUCUGAAUUACUCAGCCAGCUACAGACAGCAAACACAAGCAUCAUGUCCUCUCCCUUUUCGAUCAACGGCGGCGCCUGCGUCGCCAUGGUCGGCAAGGACUGCGUCGCCAUCGCCUGCGACCUCCGCCUGGGCCUGCAGGCCCUCACCAUCUCCAACAACUUCCCCAAGAUCUUCCAGUACGGCGACGUCUUCCUCGGCCUGACGGGCCUGGCCACCGACGUCAGCACCGUCAGCGACCUCUUCCGCUACAAGGUCAACAUGUACCGCCUGCGCGAGGAGCGCGCCAUCGCCCCGCGCACCUUUGCCAACCUCGUCUCCUCCUCCCUCUACGAGCGCCGCUUCGGGCCCUACUUUGUCUCCCCCGUCGUCGCCGGCCUGGACCCCAAGACGGGCAAGCCCUUCAUCUGCGGCUUCGACAGCAUCGGCUGCAUUGACUUUGCAAAGGACUUUAUCGUGUCCGGCACGGCGUCGGAGCAGCUGUUUGGCAUGUGCGAAGGCUUGUGGGAGCCUGAUUUGGAGCCCGAUGCGUUGUUCGAGACCAUCUCACAAGCCCUCCUAAACGCGGUCGACCGUGAUGCCCUAUCUGGCUGGGGAGCCCAUGUGUACAUCAUCGAGAAGGACAAGGUCACCAAGAGAUUACUAAAGGGUAGACAGGACUAAGGUUGAUUACAAGCCACAUAUAGAGAUGGGGAUAUGACAUACGCCUGCGGUCUGCAAGUGACUGAAAAUGUGUAUGCUGUAUGAAUAGAGAGUUUGACUCGAAACGCCAGCGAGUCGAAUUACUAAUGCAUGCAAAAACAAGCAAAUGAAACAAGAGAAU